AUGUUGUUGAAGCGUGUACUCAUCGCGAACCGUGGGGAGAUCGCGGUCCGCUUGAUUAAGGCCUGCCAGAAGUUAGACGUCACUGCCAUUGCCAUUUACACGGAGGAGGAUGCUGGAUCUCUACACAUUCGUGUUGCGGACGAAGCAUAUGCACUGAGCGGCGAUCGUGCAGCUGGUUAUCUCGAUGUCGACCAAAUCAUUGAAAUAUGCAGAAGAAGGAAUAUCCAGGCAGUCUUUCCUGGAUACGGAUUCCUCAGCGAGAAUGCCACCUUUGCCGAAGCCCUGACUCAGUCUUCAAUCCUGUUCAUCGGUCCAGCGGCAAAGACUCUGGAAGAAUUUGGACUAAAGCAUCGGGCUCGAGAGCUUGCAAUCAAUGCCGCCGUGCCGGUUGUGCCGGGUAGUGAGAUGAUCAAGACCAUUGAGGAUGCAGAGGAAUCAGCUAGGUCUCUCGGAUUCCCGGUUAUGGUGAAAGCCACAGCUGGGGGCGGGGGCAUUGGACUCCAGGUCUGUCACCAUCCCGACGAGCUUAAAGCAGCUUUCGACAUGGUCAAAAGUCGUGGCAAUGCCCUUUUCAAAAAUGACGGAAUGUUUAUUGAGAAGUUCGUGGAGUCGGGGCGUCAUGCCGAGACCCAAAUCUUUGGUAACGGCCAAGGAGACAUCGUAUUUCUCGGAGAACGAGAAUGUUCAAUACAGCGUCGACAUCAGAAGAUCAUUGAAGAAUGCCCCAGUCCAUUCGUCGUACAGAACCCUGAGCUAAGACAGAAACUGAAAGAGGCGUCAGUGAUGCUAGCUUCUGCAGUCAAGUACCAGUCAGUCGGAACCGUCGAAUUCUUGGUUGAUGACAGUACGGGAGCUUUUUAUUUCCUCGAAAUGAAUACAAGGCUCCAGGUAGAACAUGGCAUCACGGAACUAUGUUAUGAUGUCGAUCUGUGUGAGAUGAUGCUCUUACAGGCUGAAGAACAGCUCAAUGGCCGGGGCGGGCUCUCGAAAACUCAGAUGCAGUCUUUCCAGAGAUCAGCACCGAACGGACACGCGAUCGAAGUGCGAGUAUAUGCCGAGAAUCCUGCCAAAGAUUUCUCCCCAUCACCGGGCUUGUUCCAACAUGUGGCAUUUCCUGAAAACGAGAAAGUGCGAGUCGAUACGUGGAUCCAGACAGGGACAACAGUUUCCCCUUCGUUCGACCCUCUUCUCGCAAAAGUCAUGGCGCAUGCGGACACAAGAAGCGAUGCAAUUGCGGCGAUGGGGCAGACAUUGGAUACCACGAUAUUACAAGGCCCAGCAACUAACAUGGACUUCUGUCGACAAGUACUUGUCUCUUCGAGAUUUCUGGCAGGUCUCACGACUACCAAUAUGCUUUCUAAACACUUUCGAUACCAGCCUAGCGCAAUGGAGUUCAUCGAGCCAGGAGCGUACACAACGGUGCAAGACUAUCCUGGCAGAGAGAAUUUUCCAAAUGGUGUGCCGAUGUCAGGUCCUAUGGAUGCAUUGUCGUUCCAAGUGGCCAACAUUUUAGUAGGGAACCCCAGGGGAACAGAAGGAUUUGAGAUCACUCUCAGAGGACCAAAGAUCAAAUUUUACGCAUCGGCUGUUAUCGCCAUAUGUGGCGGCGACUUUUCCGUGACUGUGAAUAAUGAGCCUGUCGCGUGCUGGAGUCGAAUUAUUGCGAAAGAAAACGAUGUUCUUGAGAUCGGAGAAGCAGCAACAGGAGCUAGAGGGUAUUUGGCCAUUCGAGGAGGACUGCCACACGUGGCACGGUACCUUGAGUCUAAGAGUACCACACCCAGUCUCAGUUGGGGUGGAUUCCAGGGCAGAAUCAUGCGUGCUGGAGACUUCCUGUUCCUGGGCUCCUCCGCUGCCCAAAGCACCACAACUACGAGGCCCUACAGCUUGCCGAAGGACAUGGUUCCCUUAAUGGAAGAAAACCCACGCAUCUACGCCUUGCCUGGUCCCUGGUUCGAUCAGGGAUAUAUUACCGAGAAUGGUCAACAAUCUCUCAUGGGGGGAUCCCAAUACAAAGUCUCUUUCAAUUCAAGCCGUGUUGGUAUCCGCCUCGAUGGGCCGCCUCCGUCAUGGUCCAGAAAGGAUGGAGGUGAAGGUGGCAGUCACCCGUCGAAUAUGGUCGGCUACGGCUGUACAGUUGGCGGCGUUAGCUUCACAGGAGAUUCAGGUAUCAUUCUACCCGCUGACGCCCCAAACCAGACAGGAUUCAUCACAACCCAUACUGUGGCACGUGCGGAUUUGUGGCGAGUGGCCCAACUUAAGCCUGGCGCUGCGUUCCACUUCCAAUCAAUCACCUUUGAACAAGCAAUGAUGCUUGAAGAUCGGACCAACGCGUACCUGGAGUUAGUCACUCACUGUGUCCAAGAGAGUGCAUUGAAUUGUCAAACAAUUGAUCGGCGGCUCGAUUGGGUCGUGCAGUCUGUUCCUACAGGUGAAGGUAUCCUCUACCAACACAACGCUUGUGGAGAAGAUCAACUCGCCAUGACUAUUCGACAGUCUGGAGAUCGCGCCGUUCUUUGCGUGUUGGGAAAUGGAGUCUUCGAUAUGGCAGUUCGCGCUCGUCUCCAACAGUUGAGUAAUGUCAUCCAGCAGCAUACUCCCCCUGGUUUGCGCAAGUUCUCGGUGGCCGAGAACGCUUCAAUCCUUGUUUACUUCGACCCCCAUAAGAUCUCACAAGCAAAAGUGGUCAAUUGGAUACUGGAGCUCGAGAAAGACCUGCCGCCACUGAGUGUGUCAAAGCAAGCAUGUCGAAUCAUUCACCUACCUGCAGUUUUCGAUGGCAGGGAGUGUCAGCUCUCAAUCGAACGCUAUAUGAACCUUCAAAGAUCCAAAGCAGCAUACUUGCCAGACAACAUUGACUUUAUCCGACGAAGCAAUGGCUUGAAAGAUAUAACCGAGGUCAAAAACUGCUUUUUCGAGACACCAAUGUUGGUUAAUGCUGUCGGAUGGAUGAUGGGGCUGCCCAUCUACAUUCAGAUUGACCCUCGACGUCGACUCAAUGUGCCAAAGUACAACCCCUCUCGAACUUUCACAGCCGCUGGCUCACUGGGUAUUGGUGGCAAUACGUGUUCAAUCUAUCCCAGCGACUCUCCCGGUGGCUACGUUCUCUGGGGUGCCACUCUACCCGGAUGCUGUUGGGACAUAUAUGGUCAGAAGCCAGGAUUUAGCCCAGAACGACCCUGGCUGUUCAACUCUUUUGAUCAAAUCAUCUUCCAUGAAGUCAGCCGCGAAGAGUUUGAUGAGAGUGUCAGAUUAUUCAAGGCAGGGUUGUACGAGAUUCGCAUCGAAGUGGGCGAUUUCGAUAUGGCGGCUUAUCACGAAUUAGCCGAGAGCACGAAAGAAAAAGUACGCCAGCUGAGAGAGAUCCAGGAUUCUUGUACUCAGGCCGAGAUCAGACGAGAAGCAGAGCUGUAUAAAGAGUGGCUGGAGGAGAAACGCGUGACAGAGGAAAAGGAGAGGCAGACGAAAGAGGAAAGACAGCGCAGAGUCAACGGAGCGAAGGGUUUAAUCCCGGUCUUGUGCAAUAUGAUCGCGGCUAUCACUAAAAUUGAAGUCACGCCUGACCAGAUCGUCGAAGAAGGUGCAAUCCUGGUGAAAAUCGAAGCGAUGAAGAUGGAAACUUCGGUGAGCGUACCAGAACCGCCCAAGAAUGGCACAAAAUCGCAGAAGUUCCGAGUUCACGAAAUCAUGCGGCAAACUGGUGAUCGGGUGGAGGUGGGCGACACGCUAGUGUUGCUCGAGAAGAUCGUGUAG